AUGGGUUCUGAGUUGAUAUUCAGAGGGCACGAGACGCCGCCGGUGACGGAGGAGUACUCGCCAAAGCCGCCGAAGCCAUGGUUGAGCGUGAUUCGUCCGGUUCGGUACAUGCUCCGUGAGCAGCGACUCGUAUUUGUUUUCGUAGGCAUUGCCAUUGCCACCCUCAUCUUCGCCCUCCUCCCCUCCUCCCACACCCCGGCCUCCAUCUCUAACUCGGUUUUCCCCUCCGAGUUGACUCAGCCUCAUAAACUCAUCUCCCAGAAUGGCCACGCCACCAGGUUCGGAUUUGGGUCGUCCUUCAACUCAGGCGGAAAAAUACCUCUAGGCCUGAAGAGAAAGGGUUUGAGAAUCGUGGUGACCGGUGGGGCCGGGUUCGUCGGAAGCCAUUUGGUUGAUCGUCUGAUUAGCAGAGGCGACAGCGUGAUCGUAGUUGACAAUUUCUUCACCGGAAGGAAAGAGAACGUCAUGCACCAUUUUGGAAACCCUAGGUUCGAACUCAUUAGACAUGACGUCGUUGAGCCACUUCUAUUGGAGGUCGAUCAGAUCUACCACCUUGCUUGCCCUGCAUCGCCUGUUCAUUACAAGCACAAUCCUGUCAAGACUAUCAUAUCCUUCUCUUCGAUUAUCAAUUUUUCCAAAUUUUAA